CGAAAGCUGUUAAGUUUGGACUACAUUGCUACCCGUGCUUCACUGACAUCUUUGAGUUGGAUAAGUUCGAACGAGUCUGCACCGAUUUUAGGUUUCACCUCUUAAACAGCCCGGAAUGGCUUUCCAGUGUCAGAGAGACUGUUAUAUGAAAGAGUUUGUCACCUCUGUGGUGUCCUGCUGUCCUGCGGAACUAAAACAAGAAGUGAAUGGAAGGAAAGAAACCCUUAAAGGUUUUAAUGUCCUGCUCAAAGAUACAAUUUUAUUCCCUGAGGGAGGAGGCCAACCAGAUGACCAUGGUCUGAUUGGAGAGGUUCCAGUUUUAAGGGUGACCAGGCAGGGACCGGAUGCAGUCCACUUUGUGACCUCACCUGUGGAGGUGGGUCAGGAGGUGCGCGUGACGGUAGACUGGGAGAGGAGAUUUGAUCAUAUGCAGCAACACUCAGGCCAGCAUUUAAUCACAGCUCUGGCAGAUGCAAUGUUUGGAUACAAGACCACUUCCUGGGACUUGGGACGUCACAGAAGCACAAUCGAACUGGACACUCCGUCUGUUAAAGCCGCGCAGCUUCAGGAACUGGAAGAAGCCGUGAAUGAGAAGAUUCGAUCUGGGAUUCCCGUCAGUGUUCAACUCCUUGAUUUAAGUGACCCUGCUGUGGAGAAAGUGAGAAGUCGGGGGCUGCCAGACGACCAUGCAGGGCCUAUUCGAAUCAUCGACAUGGAGGGCAUUGAUGCCAACAUGUGCUGUGGAACCCAUGUGACCAACCUCAGCCACUUACAGGUCAUAAAGCUGCUGGGAACAGAGAAGGGAAAGAAAAACAAAACCAACCUGAUCUUCCUUACAGGGAACAGAGUCCUGAAGUAUGCGGAGAAGAGCUACAGCACAGAGCGAUCGCUGGUCUCUCUCCUGAAGACAGGUCCAGACGAGCACGUCGAGGCCGUGGAGAAGAUCCAGAAGUCUGUCAAGUUGCUCCAGAAGAGCAACCUGAGUCUGCUGCGGGACAUGGCCGUCCUUAUUGCUCGGGACUUUAAGAACAACCCUCACAGAGGAAACUUCUUCAGCUUUCACAAAAAAGAAGGUGACAAUGAGUUCAUGAACAUCAUCGCCAAUGAAAUAAACACAGAGGAAACUCUGGUUUUCCUCACUGUUGGAGAGGAAAAGGGAGCCGGUUUGUUUCUCCUUGCUGGACCCAGUGGACAAGUCACUGAAUUAGGCCCACGGAUUUUGGAGUUGCUUCAGGGAAAAGGGGCGGGGAAGAACGGGCGUUUCCAAGGCAAAGCCAACAGCCUGGCGCGCAGAGAGGAGGUGGAGGCUUUCCUGAGGCAGCGCUGCAAACAUCACAGCUCAGAGGAAGAGUAAAGCCUGCAGCAGAGAGCGCCCCCUGGAGGGAAGACCUUAAACCCCAGAAAAAGAUGUGUACAGAACCCUAGAAUAAAGUCACAUUAUUGCAGUGGGAUGCUCAGUAGAACAUUUAGAAAAGUUUGAGCUUUAUUUAGGAGCAAAUUUAUACAUAAACAGUUUACAAAAUAACUGGCACAACUGCUGGCACCUGUUCUGCUAACAGAACAGGGUGUUUACACGGCUUCUCUAGAUUCUCACAGCUGUUCUACCAGAUUUCGGUCUGAGGCUUGGCCUGACCCAGAGAGAAGGUUCAACCUGUUUAGUGGCUCAUUCCCCCCCGAUGGCCCAUUUGCAGUUUUCUGGUGCAGUUCACCACAAUUCUAUUUAAAAUGUGAAAGUUGUAUUUCUAAGCGUUAAUGACGGCAGGUGCUGGAUGCUUUGCCCUCAGCAUCACAGGUCUCUCACCGUACUGAGGUGGUAACAGCUUGGGCUGUUUGAUGUGUGGCUCAUCUGAGGACAUGGAUGCAGCUAAAGCUACAGUUUAGCUUAGCAUGCGGAUAUUUGUAAUGUUAGGAGUUAUUACGGCAACCACAAGAUGCCACAGUAUGCUGCAGCUCUGUGACAGUUUGGGAGUUUUUGUCACCAUUUACACCCAUAAAAACCAGAAAGUCAUGAAUUAGACAUUUCUUGAAAAGUCAGAGAAAUGAAAUGUGUUGCAUUUGUUGUAUUAGUCAUUUUGUUAAACAUUUCUUAUUGUGGACUUUCUUCCAUGCUGAAUAAAGUUUGUCCAGAAUUAGGUUGUUUUCUAAACAUUUUAGUGACAUUCUGCAAUAUAUGUUGAGUUUAUAUUAUACAGAGCUCUGUACACAUCUUUACCAAAGAUGCCAGUUUGUCUAUUUCUGUAUGUACAUAUUAAUUAUUUUUGGUUUGCUGAAAUACUGGAGCACUUUUCUAAUGAUGUACAUAUUUCAAUGUGAAAUACUGACAGGUGGCUCCUAUAUCCAUGUGAAACACAGGAUGAUGAUUCAGGAUAGAAAUGCAGCCUCCGUUUAAAUCCAGCUGUUUUUACGGUGCACCGUCUGAGAUGCUUUUGUUGUUUAUUUUAUCUCCAUGUGAAACAU